UGCUGCCUGGUUGCCAGGGCAACGGAACGCUGACCUGGAUCCGUGGAGUGAUCGCGUGCAGCAGACAUGUCGGACGCCGCGAAGGACAAGGCAGCCCGCCUGCUGAAGAAGAGAGGAAGCGUCUCGUCACUGGGGAGCCAUGAAGUGAAACCCAGGGACAACCUGCACAAACCCAAAGAAUCUAGAGACUCUUUGAGCACGGUGUCUUACAUCGACGAACCGGGACACCACGAUGACGUCCAGCGUCCGGCCGUGCAGAUGGAAAAUACAUAUCAGUUAGUCCCCGGGAGACGCUUUCCUGUAGCCACAGUGAAUAAUAUUCUGAAGGACGUCCUGACCAGUUAUCUUCAGGAGGAGAAGUAUGAAGCCGAGUUAUGUAGACAGAUGACAAAGACAAUUUCUGAGGUAGUUAAAGCCAGAGUGAAGGACCUGAUGAUCCCGCGAUAUAAAAUAAUCGUUCUCAUCUACAUCGGACAGCUGAACGAUCAGAGCAUGCGUGUGGGCAGCCGCUGUAUCUGGGACCCAGCUAACGACACGUUUGCCUCCUACACCUUCAAGAACAGCUCCCUGUUUGCUCUGGCCAAUGUCUACGCCGUGUACUACGAGUAGGCAGAAGUGGGGGGCACUGCAGGGAGGAUGGGUGACCUGGUUAUAUGAAAUCAUGACUCAUGAAAACUGGUAUUCCACAUUUGGGUGGGCACUGUUCACCAC